AGCUACUCUUCUUACAAGGUCAUUUCGCUUAUUUGUUUCUGCGCUAUGAGCACUGCUGGAGCGUCGCGCAAACGAAGAAAGGGUGCUAAGGUUUCUCAAGAGCAGCACGCUGGACCUUCGGGUUCAGUGGGCCCUCCCCCCGAGCUUUCUGGCUCAGUCAGCGUCACCUCAUGUCUGGAGGGCCCUACCGAAACAUUGAGGGCCGCCAGACAAAAAAAAAGUCAUCCUCAAAAAGAACCAAUAAUUCAUCUUUCUGAAGGUUUGUCCAGAUUGGAUUUGAAUAAAAUAUCGAUUCCUGGUCGACCGGACAAAGGUGGUAGUUUAGGAAAGAAAAUAAGCGUUACCGCCAACUGCUGGGAUAUUUCUGUCUUGUCCAAAGUUGUGUAUAUGUAUAGGGCUGAAGUCAAUAAAGUUUACCGCAAAGACAAUAAAAAAGGCGAAAAAAUCGAAAUAAGAAUGCCACCGAAAGAUAAGCGUGCCUUAAUCAAACAGGUUACCGAUCAGCUACCUGGCACAAUAAUUUACGAUGGCGGACACGAUAUAUAUUCCUUGAAUAAGUUACCUGGAAUCACUACAGAUCCUAUAAAAGCGGAAAUUAGUGUAGUUGAUCCACUGGGUCGGGAUAACCUUCUCCUGGAGUACCAAAUAAUGGAAGUGAAGCAGGUUUCAACGGAUGAUGUUUUCCGAUAUGUAGAUGAUCCAAAAGCAACUUCUUUGAAUAUGCCUCAAGAAUCCAUCAGAUUGUUGGAUUGUCUUUUGAAAACGGUUUCGAAACAUUCGUUAAUAUCUCUUGGACGAGCAGCUCUAUUUUACGAAGAGCCAAUCAAAGUGGUUCCGAAUAAACUCUUCACCAUUCAUAAGGGUUUUAUCAGUAGUGUUAGACCACAGUGGAAGGUCCGUGUGAACGUGGACAUGACUUGCAAAGCUUUUUUUACAUCUGGAAACCUAGCGGAUGUGAUAUAUGAGAAGUAUGGCGAUGAUAUGGCCAAAUACAGUUCCCAAAUAGCAUAUGAUUUAAGAAGAAUUAGAGUUGAGACCGAUAAGUUUUAUAAGACUGAGAGUGGAAAUGCCUACUCCCGACGCUUCACUGUACAUGGGAUAUCAUCAAAACCAGCGAACUGUCUGAUUAUUGAGGAGCUGAAACAGUCUGUAGCUGAAUAUUUUGAACAGCAUCAUCAUAUCACUCUUAAAUAUCCAUACCUUCCCUGUGUGAAAGUUGAUCAAAAACGUGAGGUUUAUAUACCCAUGGAAUUGCUGAACAUUUUACCGUACCAACCACCUAGUGCGAGUAAGGCUGAUGUGGCCAGUGAGGUGAUCCGCUGUGCAGCAGUUCGGCCACAAGAACGCUUUAAAGAACUUCAGAUUUUUGCAAACAAUAUGUUGAAGUUACACCCUCUGGUCAAACAGUUCGGUUUGGCGAUUCAGUUGAAACCAUUGGAGGUUGGUGCGCGAGAGAUUCAACCACCAACUGCUGCUUUUGGUCGUUUUGGUAUACAAACAGUGAAGGCUGGAAGCUGGAAAUCACCUGGCUUUCAUGACCCUGCUGGUAAAGGGAGUGAGCUUCAUUGGGCAAUACUCUGUGUCCCACCCAAUCAGCGAUCUCACGCUCAUGUGCAAAAGGUUACGUCUGAAUUGCCUCGUGCUGCCAGCCGUUUUGAGGUACGUUUCAAUCCUCGACCUAAAGUGUCCCAAUGUCCCAAAGGAGAACUUAGCAGGAAAUUCGAAGAGCUUGCCAAACAAGGCUGUGCUUUCCUACUCCUCAUCUUGUAUGAUGAGCUAGCAUACCCUACGAUCAAACGACUCAGCGACCUACAGAUGGGCAUCCGCACUCAGUGUGUACGAAGUCGCACUUUAGACAAACCGAGCGUGUUCCCGAAUCUGUUACUGAAGCUCAAUGGGAAACUUGGUGGUGUCAAUUGGCAAAUACCAGAUCUAAUUAAAAACAAUCAGGAAUUGAUAAUGGUUUUCGGAGCAGAUGUCACUCACCCAGCACCCACACAGACUCAACAACUACGAAAAUCAGUUGCCGCAGUUAUUGGUAGUGUGUCACCCGAUCUAAUGCGAUAUGGAGUGGUAAUCCGCCAACAAGCGACCACAGAGAGGGGAAGUAAAGCCGCCAGAGAAAUCAUUGAUGAUAUGCGUCUUAUAGUCAAAGAAUUGCUUCAGAUUUACUUGCGAAAUACGAAAGGGCGGUUCCCAACUCGUAUGAUUUUCUAUCGUGAUGGGGUUUCGGAAGGUCAAUUUGAGAAUGUGCUAGUUGAAGAGCUGGCAGCUAUCCAGAGGGCUUGCUCAGAUAUUCGUCCUGGUGAGGAACCAGCUAUCACUUACAUUGUUGUACAAAAGCGUCAUCAUAUUCGAUUCAGACCGUCUGACCCCAGGGCACGAAACGUGGAGCCAGGAACGGUGGUUGAUACAGAAAUCACACAUCCCAGAGAAUUUGAUUUUACCUCUGCUCUCAUGACGGCAUUCAGGUAAUUUGUCAGGCUAUGUUUAAUAAUUUUGCCAGGGAACAUCUAAACCUGCUCAUUAUCAUGUUCUGUAUGAUGACAGUAACUGGACAUCGGAUGCUCUUCAAAUGUUUACGUACCACUUGUGCUAUGCCUACAUGAGGUGCUCCCGGAGCGUCUCUUAUCCAGCUCCAACUUACUAUUCUCAUUUGGCAGCAUUUCGUGCACGUGACUGGCUAUCAGACCUAGAGCGACCAGAAAUCCUGUUGGAUGGUGGUCGUUUCAAAAUCCAUGACAGCCAAGUUGAUGGCAUGUUUUACUUAUGAACAGCUGUGAGCUAGGAAGAUCUAUUUAUUACUAUCUUGAAUAAAUUGUAUUUACCUAUC